AUGGCGGACACUUCGGAGUUGUUGUUGACCCUUGACCACAUUAAGUAUAGAAAACCCGGUGAUGGUCGAUCCCCUAUCGGUCGCUUGAUGUUGUACAGGGAGCAUGUGGAAUGGAGGGAUAAUGCUGGCCCCGAGAUUCUAUAUGUGAAAUUCAUGCAAAUCAAGGGUCAACGCGUAUCUCCUCCCCAAAAGUCAAAAGUGCAACUACAGCUAGUACUUCAAAAUGAUGAUCAAGCUACUUUUGUAUUUCUGAACCCCGAUUUGGAUAAAGAGGGCUUGACCAAGGAAAGGGAUCUCCUCAAGGAGACUCUUCAACAGGCCUUGAUAGCUCAUCGUCAAAGAGUCAAUCAGCUGGCUGCAUCUAACGAAAAAGACGUCAAGCAGUCAGAACUGAAAGAAAAGCAGCGGAUAUUGGGGGAGAACAAACAGUUAGACCAGCUUUACACCCAUCUUGUCGCUUCAAAACUUAUAAGUGCUCAAGAAUUUUGGACAGAUUACUAUCAGUCGGCAAGUUUCCUUAAUUCCGGUACCGUAGAAGACAAAGCUGGCAUAAGUGGCGCUUUUCUGACAAAUAUCGUGCAGCAAGAAGGAACAAACGGCAUCAAAUUGAAUCUUAACACAGAGAUUAUACAAGCAGUUUUCAACACUUAUCCCGCU